AUGAUAUUACCACCAAGAAAUUUGAUGUCAUUUCCGGAAACCUUUGGAAACUUUUGCACAAGUUUAACUGAUGAUGUUGUCUACGAUAAAAAUAAAUUUCAAGUAAAUGUAGAUGUUCAGCAUUUUAAACCUGAAGAGAUCCAAGUGAAGUUCGCCAAUAAUACAGUCACCGUUGAAGCCGAACACGAAGAAAAACAAGAUGAGCAUGGUCAAAUUUACAGACAUUUUGUAAGAAAAUACACAAUCCCGGAAUCCUAUGAUAUCAAGCAGUUACAGUCGCAAUUGUCUUCAGAUGGAGUGUUGACCUUAAGUGCGCCAAAAUCGGGUGAUAAAUUGGAGCAUAGAACCAUCCCCAUUAUCCAGACAAAUAAACCCGUUAAACAACUGGAACAAAAGAAGGAAGAGAAAAAGCCUCUUAAGAAAUCUAAAAUGUAA